CACGCUCCGGGGGGUCGGGGGUUAGGGUCCCCAAAGGGAAGCAGCCGGCCGCGACCACGUGGCUGUCACUUGGCCAGCGCGCGGCCAAUGUUAGCUGUGCUCAGGGGUGGUGGCAGCCCCUCCGGGACCCGUCGCCUGAGCCCACGGCCCGUGUCCCCAGCCCCAGCUUUGGACUCGGCGGCCCCCGGGGACCUGACGGACGCGCUGAGCGAGUUCGACGCGGUGCUGGCCGACUUCGCGUCGCCUUUCCGCCAGCGCCACUUCCACUACGAGGAGCACCUGGAGCGCAUGAAGCGGCGGAGCAGCGCCAGCGUCAGCGACAGCAGCGGCCUCAGCGACUCGGAGAGUGCGGACUCGCUGUCCAGGGACAGCUUCAGCUUCAGUGAUGAAAAACUGAAUUCUCCAACAGCUGCCCCCUCGGCUCUGCCGACCGGGCCUGUCACUCCGCGGAAAGCCAAACUAGGAGACACGAAAGAGCUCGAGGAUUUUAUUGCUGAUCUGGACAGAACCUUAGCAAGUAUGUAAAAAAGAAAAAGGGAGGUUCUGGGUCCUUUCAUCCUAAAAGAGAAGCGGCAGAAAGCUCGAGGACCUGGUAAAAUCAGCUACAGAAUCUGCUGCCCCAGGAGAUAGAGAUGAGCCCUCACCUACCAGCAGGCUGUUCUCAGACUCGUCCUCAAGCCAGCACGGGCUCAUCUCUGGGCAAUUUCGACAGUGAAACUGACUUCGUUCACCUGCUUGCAGCACAUUAGAACAGACCACCCGUGCUAAUAUGGUAUUUUCACUUCCAAUCCAGCUUUCCUGUAAUUUAAAGUGCUUUUAUAAAAAUAUUUGUAAUUAAUUAUAUAUAGUUGGAAACAGUGAUAUGCUUUUCCCAUUAUAAUAUAUUUUUGUAUGCAAAUAAAAUUUGAACUGGA